UGGCUCAUAUGUGGCAGAGAGGGGUUCAUCUCUAUCACCACCUCCUCUUGCUCCUAGGCAAAGCUGACGUCUCUUAGCUGGCACAUCCAGCCACCUCCUGGGAAUAUGGAUGCCGGUCUCUGUCUUCUCUCCUGACCCAUCCCUUCAAGGCCGUGUGGAAGAAGAAAUGCCAGAUGUAGAAAUCGACAUUGAUGAUCUUCUUGAUGCAGACAGUGAGGAAGAGAGAGCUUCAAAAUUACAGGAAGCUCUUGUGGACUGCUACAAACCAACAGAGGAAUUUAUCAAAGAGCUGCUGUCCCGGAUAAGAGGCAUGAGGAAGCUGAGCCCUCCACAGAAGAAGAGUGUAUGAUUCUGAACAGGGUGGAAUUCUAAGACAGAGAAAGGGCCUGCGAUUUAGACUUCAUGAAGACUUUUAUUAAACAGUAGUUGUUCUUAUGAAAAACCUUUUUUGGUGUGUGGGGAGGGAAUCUAUUAGACAUUUAUUCAAGAGUGUUCCUUUUUUGUUGUUUUUUUAAAUGGCUUUUAUUAGUGUAAUAUUUUAAUAGGAAAAAUACCACAACUCUGACUGCAACCCAGCCAAGGAUGAUCAAAGCAGGUAGACAUCCAAGGAUAGGCCAGACCAAGCUGUUUUGUGCAAAGACUCAGAUAUUUCAGACUUUAUUAUACAGGGAAGAUGGUUUUCUUACAACCCAUUUGGUAAUAAUUUUUCUUAAGUUGUACAUUUGACUCAGAUGUCUAACUUCUUGUACUUGUAUAUACCUACACACAACUAAGCUAAAAUGUAAAUGUGAAUUUUAUUUCAUAUUGAUGGAAUAAACUUGUGGUCAUCCUUUCACGGGAGGUCACAACACAUGGGUUUCUCAAGAGGCCAUGAGGCAUUCUUCGUGUGAAUGCUGUUGACUUUCAACAUUUACUUUCUGCACCAAAGUGAAAUGAGCUACACUACAAAAUGUUGAGUUGGUCAAGGGCUUAAUUUCUGAAUUAAUUUCUUUUGCUUCAUUGGUUGGAUGCUUUGCCAGGUCACAUACCUUUUGCCUCGUUUGUGGUUGUUUAAAAUUUUAUGAGCCCUUAAUUUGAAGAACUAACCUGAUUUCUAGUGAAAUGCCCAUGCUAACUGGAUGGUAUUUUAUGAUGGCAAAAGGAGCACUGUGUAGCAAUGAAUUCUCUGCUUUCCACCAAAUACUGUGUAUUAUUCUCUCUUCUCUCCGUGAAAGCAGGUCAAAGGAGGUUAAUAGACUGAGUGUCUUCCUCCUGAAAAGGUUCCUUCUGCACUUGAGUAGCAUCAGACCAAAAGUAUGAACUGAUUGUAGAGAUGAGAAGAAAUCACCUUCUUUCUGACAGUUGAUAACAAUGAGGUUUUCAGGCUUAGCAGCAUGGUUGCAUUUCCAGCUUCUCGCAGUAGUUCAUGGGGAGGAUUCUGGGGUGCCUGGCCCUAAUUUUGACCUUAAUCUCCAUGCUUGGAGCUAGGCCUAAACACCUGUCCUGCCCUCUUAGCUACAUACCAGCUCUCUGGAGAAGAAUUAAAAUUCAGAUGGCAUGUGGGUGGGGCAAAGGGUGAGAGGAGAAACUUCCUGUCCUCCAAAAGGCCCCUACUGCCUCCCUGUGGAAACCCCACCUACUGUAAGAUGUCUCCAGGUGGCCCUGUCAGAGGACAGGGACCCGGCAUUUUAUAUCAAGGGUGCUCUGAACAUAUUUUAUUUUUUAAGAGAACUAUGUUCGUGAAUUUUACGUACACUGGCAAGCUUUUAAAAAUGUAUUUAAUUUUGUAAUGUUUACCAAGGAUUUAUUUACAAGCUAUUUACUCAAAUAAACUGC